AUGCGUCAAAGUAAAUCUACAAAUAGUGAAUUUCAACCAAUGAUUGUUCACAAUAUGCCAUAUUCACAAGCAAAUAAUAGUUUUUUAAACCGGUUAUUUAUAAAACUGAAAAGAUUUACUAAACUAAUUCAAAAAAUUUCAAAAUCUGAAACAAUUGCUUGUUUUAAAAGUUUCAAAAGCUGCGGUAUUAAACAGUCUAUGUUAAGUGACCAUAAACAGAAGGAUUUGAAGUUUUAUGCAGAUGAUAAAUCCAAGACAAUGAAGUCACAAAAUUCGGUUAAACAAUAA